AUGAAGAUUACCUACUGGAACAUCAAGGGUUUUAAUAAACCCCUGAAAGAAAAUGGGGUUCUGGACCUCAUGAAAAAGACCAGAAGUGAUCUAAUUUGCAUAUUGGAAACUAAACUGUCAAUGGCAAAUCUUAAGAGUUUGAUGGAAAAGAAAUUUUCCAGAUGGAAGCAAGUUAAUAACUUUGAGUCUCAUAGAGCAGGGAGAAUUCUUGUGAGGUGGAACCCUUAUAAAGUGCAUCUUCAGGUGGUUGAGUCGAAUGGUCAGGUUAUUCACUGCUCAACAGCCUGCUUAAUUUCAUCCACAAGGUUCCUUGCUAACAGUGAUAGAGACUCUGCUUUCUUUCACUCACUAGUAAAAAGCACUACCAAGAACCAUGUUGCUGUGUUAACCAAAAGGAAUGGUGAGACCACAAAGUCAAUGCACCAAGUUGGUGAGGAGUUUUUGACUUUCUUCAAGGAGUUGUUGGGUUCUGAAAUAAACUAUGAACUAGUUGACCCCUGUGUCAUUACCAGGGGUCCCAAAGUGAGUUUAGAACAGGGUGGGAGAAUGAUACAAGAAGUUACUAAUAUGAAAAUUAAAAAUGCUUUGUUCAGCAUUGGGGAUGACAAAUCCCCAGGGCCUGAUGGGUUCUCCUCAUGCUUCUUUAAGAAAUCCUGGAAUAUAAUUGAAAAGGAGUUUGUGAUUAAGCUCAUGACUGAGAAGAUCUACUUGGUUCAGGAGCUGGUUAGAAAAUAUGCAAGGAAGAAAGUCUUCCCUAGAUGCAUGCUAAAAAUAGACCUUAAAAGGGCCUAUGAUUCUGUCUCUUGGAGCUUCCUGAAGGAGUUGUUGGUUCAUCUUAAUUUUCCUGGUAAAAUGUUUGGUUGGAUUAUGCAUUGCAUCUCCACAACUUCCUACUCCCUAGCAUUUACUUAUGAUCUUAUUAUCUUUGGGAGGGGUGACUUAUCUUUUGUGAAGGAGAUCAUGGGACGCCUAAAUUCCUUUUUCAAAUGCUUAGGCCUGAAUGCCAAUGUACUUAAAUCUAACUUUUUCAGUGUAGGGAUUGCCGAACAGGAUAUGGAUGAUAUUAAAACAUUAACUGGUUUUAAUGAUAGAGAGUUUCCUUUUAGAUAUUUGGUGAUUCCCUUGGCAUCCUCCAGAUUAAAGGCAGGCCAAUACUCUCCUCUAAUCAACAGAAUAGCUAAUCUGAUUAGCUCAUAG